AUGGAAAAUAGUGUCGACAUAAAAGCGCUACCGGAUGAGAGUGCUAAAGAUGGAAAGGUAACGAAGAAGAAAAACUUAAGUAGGUUGAUAGUGGAAGAAGCAACAAAUGAUGAUAAUUCUGUGGUUGCUCUGAAUACCAAGAGAAUGGAGGAAUUGAAUUUUUUUAGGGGCGAUACAAUUUUGAUUAAGGGAAAAAAGAGGCACUCUACUAUUUGCAUUAUUUUAAAUGACAACGAUUUAGAUGAAGGAAAAAUUCGUAUUAACAAAGUUGCUAGGAAAAAUCUGAGGGUUUGUUUAGGAGACGUAGUUUAUGUGAAGGCUUGCCCCGAAAUUCCUUACGGGAAAAAAAUUCAAGUAUUGCCAAUAGAUGACACAAUCGAAGGAUUAGCGAAAGACACGCUUUUCGAAAUUUUUCUAAAGCCAUAUUUCAAUGAAUCUUACAGACCCGUUAAAAAAGGAGAUUUAUUUCUUGUGAGAGGAGGAUUCAUGUCAGUAGAAUUUAAAGUUGUUGAGGUGGAUCCAGAUGAUUUUUGCAUAGUUUCCCCUGACACAGUCAUAUACUAUGAAGGAGAUCCUAUCAAAAGAGACGAUGAAGAAAAAUUAGAUGAAAUUGGAUAUGAUGAUAUAGGAGGAUGUAAAAAACAGUUAGCCCAAAUUAGAGAAAUGAUUGAAUUACCAUUGAGACAUCCAGGUCUAUUCAAAACAUUAGGUGUAAAACCACCUAGAGGCGUAUUACUAUAUGGGCCUCCAGGUAGUGGUAAAACCUGUAUAGCUAGAGCUGUUGCUAAUGAAACAGGAGCAUUUUUUUUUUUAAUAAAUGGACCAGAAGUUAUGAGUAAAAUGGCUGGAGAAGCAGAAGCAAAUUUAAGAAGAGCUUUUGAAGAAGCUGAGAAAAAUUCCCCUGCAAUUAUUUUUAUUGACGAAAUUGAUUCUAUAGCACCCAAGAGGGAGAAAACCAAUGGCGAAGUUGAAAGGAGAGUUGUUUCUCAAUUACUAACCUUAAUGGACGGAAUUAAAAGUAGAGGUCAGGUAGUAGUUAUAGCAGCAACAAAUAGACAGAAUUCCAUAGAUCCAGCUUUAAGACGAUUUGGUAGAUUUGAUCGAGAAAUUGAUAUAGGAGUACCAGAUGAUAAUGGAAGAUUUGAAAUUUUACGGAUACAUACAAAAAAUAUGAAAUUAUCUCCUGAUGUGAAAUUAGAAGAAUUGGCUAGUAGCACUCAUGGUUUUGUCGGUGCAGAUUUAGCACAAUUAUGUACAGAGGCCGCAUUAACAUGUAUAAGAGAAAAAAUGGAUGUAAUAGAUUUGGAAGACGAAAUUAUUGACAAGGAAGUUCUGGAAAGUAUGUGUGUAACGCAAGAUCAUUUUAACAUGGCCUUAGGUACAUGCAACCCAUCAUCUCUUAGAGAAACUGUUGUGGAAGUUCCGAAUGUCAAAUGGGAUGAUAUUGGUGGUUUAGAUGAAGUGAAAAAUACCUUAAGAGAAAUGAUAUUAUAUCCAAUUGAUCAUCCAGAUAAAUUUGAAAAAUUUGGCAUGGCUCCAUCUAGAGGUGUUUUAUUUUAUGGACCUCCAGGAUGUGGUAAAACAUUAUUAGCUAAAGCAGUUGCAUCUGAAUGUUCAGCCAAUUUUGUGUCUAUUAAAGGACCAGAAUUGUUAACAAUGUGGUUUGGUGAAUCAGAAGCUAAUGUUAGAGAAGUUUUUGACAAAGCAAGGGCAGCUGCACCUUGUGUGUUAUUUUUUGAUGAGUUAGAUUCCAUAGGAACCCAAAGAGGAUCUUCUCUUGGAGAUGGUAGUGGUGCUGGUGAUCGUGUAAUGAAUCAGUUGCUGACAGAAAUUGAUGGUGUCGGACCAAAGAAAAAUCUUUUCUUUAUAGGUGCAACAAAUAGACCAGAAUUGCUAGAUGAGGCUUUACUAAGACCGGGAAGAUUAGAUCAGUUAAUUUACAUCCCUUUACCUGAUUUAGCAGCUAGAAUUUCUAUCCUAAGUGCUAUAUUGAGGAAAUGUCCUGUAGCUGAUAAUGUACCCAUUGACUUUUUGGCUCAAAAAACCGCUGGAUUUAGUGGUGCGGAUUUGGCUGAGCUUUGCCAAAGGGCUGCAAGAGCUGCCAUUCGAGAUGCCAUCGAUGCAGAGGAAAUGAAUAAAAAAUCGAAGCUGCAAAUGUAUCCAAAUGAAAAUGCUGAAAAUUCGCAAAGUGCCACCAAUACCACUAGUACUACCAAUGCUGCCAGUACCACCAAUGAUGCCAAUACCACCGGAGCUCAGAAUAACGAUGAAAAUGCAAUCAAGUACGAAAUUACAAGACAUCAUUUCAAGGAGGGAUUAGCUGGAGCAAGAAGAAGUGUUUCUCAAGCAGACCUAAUUAAGUAUGAUAACUUCAGAAUAAAAUUCGAUCCUUUAUACAAAACAAAAACGGGAGGUGCAAAUGAAGAUUUUAUCAUUGACUGGCCCGAUGAGGAAAAUAACGAAGAGCCCCAAGAAUACAAUGUAGAUGAUGACUUGUACUCAUAA